AGCACUUAAGACUAAAGUAAAACGCUUUCCUUCCUUUGUAUUUUGGACCUAACGAGAACCCGUAAAAGAGGCGUCCUCGGUAUCCACAGGAGAUCUUGACAACAGAGGAAGUAGCCGUAACGACAUAGAUAACAAGAACAUUAUUAGUUCGAUUGCAAACCGUUGUGUAAAAAGCAAAAAUGACAGCCAACCCUUCUGUUUUUCUUCUUAUGGUUAAUGGGCAAAUCGAAAGUGCAAAUUUCCCAGAGUUUGACGACCUAUAUUGCAAGUAUUGCUUUGUGUACGGCCACGACUGGGCUCCAACUUCUGGUCUAGAAGAGGGAAUAUCUCAGAUAACCUCCAAGAGCAGAGACACCCAGCAAAACUUUGUGUGGAACUUUCCUAUUGACAUCUCUUUUAAGAGCACAAACCCAUUUGGCUGGCCCCAGAUUGUGGUCAGUGUAUACGGCCCUGAUGUCUUUGGGAACGAUGUAGUUCGAGGGUAUGGAGCUGUACACAUCCCAUUCACCCCAGGCCGACACAAGAGAACCAUUCCAAUGUUUGUUCCCGAAUCUUCCUCAAUGCUGCAGAAGUUCACAAGCUGGUUUAUGGGAAGACGCCCCGAGUUCACAGACCCCAAGGUUGUUGCCCAAGGAGAAGGAAGGGAAGUUACAAGAGUACGUUCACAAGGAUUUAUUACUCUUUCUUUCAAUGUUGUCACAAAAGACAUGAAGAAUCUUGGUUAUGACACCACCACUGCAGACCUUCAGAAUCCUUCAGUGUCCACUGUUACAGAUGCUUCCUACAGAACAUAAACAGAUAUUUACUGAAGAAAUGCAAUUUUUUUCACCUGUGUUGUAAUAUAUAGUAUGUAGUGUAAUAUAUAAUCAUAUUCACAUGUACUUCAACUCUACUUGUAAACAGCAUACCUGUAUAUUGCACUCUGCUGUAAAUAACUUUUUUUUAUUGAUUUUUAUUUAAUAACUUUUUUAUAUUUAAAUAAAAUCUGAAUUUA